CUAUACUAACAAACUUUCUGCUCUUAGGAAUGAGUUCUCUUAAUAUCAGGAGUGGACUAUUGAUGAUAGAUUUUUCGUAGGACCAGCAAUCAAUGAUCAAAAUCAGCAGACAUUAGAAUGAACACCGAGAGUUAUGGUUUUAGUGUAGUGUCUCCCUGAUUAGAAACAUCACCAAACUCUGAUAACUGCAAAUCGAUAGCUCCCAAGUUUGAGACUCUCUGGGGCUAAAAUGCGAAAGAUAAGCUUUCUCUCGCUUGCGAAGUGCUUCAAUGGAUGUCGUGAUCAUACGCAAGUCACAGGAGUUGGAACCAGGAUUUGGAACUUCAGUGACAAGGCAAUUGAGUUGCAGGUAAGAGUGGGAUCAAUACUCAAGAAAGCUCAUUCUUUGAAGCCAGGAUCAUCGAAAAGGCUGAAAUGCAAGAGUAUUUAUAAGAGUUACAUGCCUGGCAAAGGAAAAGGAAGCAAUGGAGGAGGGAUGAGGAGCUUGCUGUAUUACUAUGAUGAAACAUGUCAACCCUAUAUCUGGAUACAUGAUACUGGAUGUGAUUUCUCUAGGAUGGUGAAGCAACAAUAUAUUAGUCUUGAGGAUUUGAGGGAUUGUUCUGAGAUCAGGAUCUUCAGGGAUCAUCAGAGGGGCUGCAUAUCAGUUCGUAAGAAGUUCAGAUCAGACUUUUGUUGAACUAUUUUUGGAGGCUUAUGUUUUAACUCUUGUAAGUGUAUAAAUGUGUGAUAUGUGACUGGGGAGUCUAUUUACUUCAUUUGUUGUCACUUAUGCAUCUUUCUUCGCUCAUACAGCUCUCUUUGACACUGGGAUUUGAAAGUUUAGGGAUGCUAAAGUUGGUACAUUAUAUGUAUUGAGUUUGCUUAAGGGAAUGACAUGGACCGGAACUUCUGAUCUUUGUCUUCCUGUAAGAGUUUGUCAUUCUGUAUUAUGGAAUUCUCCAUCCAUCUUAAUUUGUCUGCUAAAUUGUUGCGAAAUAACUCUAUGCUAAGUAUUGCUUCGAACUAUGUUCAGUAAUCUUGGCAAAAUCAGUAGAAUUGGGAGGAUUUUGAUUAGA